AAGUGUACGAACUAAUCAUCAUACAAGACUUUUUUUUUCAGAUCUAGUUUUCAAAAUCAUUUCCAUGGAGAUGACGAAUUGGUACUUUUAGCACCACAAUGGGUUAAUAAUGCGCGAAAAGGGUAAAUCUGGACAUCUCCUCUGUGAGCAAAGACAAUUUUCCCCAAGAGAUUCCGCUGUCGUCUCGCACGCCAUUGCGAUCGGUAACUAUGGACGAUUGCAAUCAUGAUUUAGCUGAAAACGCGGCUGCCAUGGCUAAAGACCACUUUAAUUUGCUUGAUUCGAGCACUGUGAAUGAUAAUUGUGAACGAAGAGGGAAAGAAAUCGAAGACGAAGCAUCUAUAGCUGAGGAUUGCGAAGACGAAGAUGUGGAGCAAGUUCGAAACCCAACAACAGCACAGACAAAUCAGGAUCGCAAACGCGUGGUAAACAAUUCGAACAAAAAAAAGCCUGUUAGGAAACGCCGGGUUACAGCUAAUAUUGCUGCUACAAAAUACGAAGUUGUUCGUAAAGUUUGUCUUCAGAGUGGAAUGUAUAUCACAAGAGAUGACGAUUUCAACAGUUUCCUCAUUUGGAGUGACUCAGCUGUUCCAGUGGAAAGGAUCAUAGAGUUAAAAUCUUUUCAGAAAAUAAAUCAUUUUCCAAGUAUGGGAGAGAUUUGUAGGAAGGACAACCUAGCACGAAACAUGGCAAAAAUGCAAAGAGCUCAUCCAGAAGAAUACAACUUUACUCCACAAACUUGGGUUCUCCCAGCAGAGUAUGCCACAUUUCAAGCUUAUUGUAGAGAACUAAAGAAAAGGAAGAAACAGAGAACAUUCAUUGUUAAGCCAGCCAAUGGGGCCAUGGGAAAUGGGUAAGUUUAAUUCAUAAUACCAUCAACACAAGAGUGUUUAGACAAAUAAUUAAAAGCCUAUAACAAUAAACAACAGCUACAUGUAUAUUAAUUAUA